UUAUUAUUAUUAUUCCCCUCCCUCUCCCAAGUACCAGUUUGUUUGUUUGUGUAGGAGAGAGAUGGAAUUUGUGAUUAAGUUUCAGCAUUCUCCUCUUCUUCAUCUGGGAUUGCCGUUCCCAACACUCAAAUCUCUUACAACUACAGCUAAAGUCAGGUCAGGUCCUCAAAUAUCUAUAAACAACAACAACAAAAAUGUAUUAUCAUCAACCUCAAUAUGUUAUGCUGCUGCUCUUCCCACCGCCCAAGAACAGGAUAAUGACUCUCACUCUCAUGUUGUCGUUAAAGACAGAAGCGUCUCUGUUGUACUGCUCGCUGGAGGAAAGGGCAAGAGAAUGGGAGCUACCAUGCCAAAGCAAUAUCUUCCUCUCUUAGGCCAACCCAUUGCACUCUAUAGUUUCUACACUUUCUCUCGCAUGCUUCAAGUCAAAGAAAUCAUUGUCGUUUGCGAUCCUUCCUACAACCACAUUUUUCAAGAUGCCAAAGGAAAUUGCCAACCAGACCUCAAAUUUGCACUGCCUGGAAAAGAAAGACAGGAUUCUGUUUACAACGGCCUUCAGACUGUUGAUCCAAACUCUGAGCUUGUUUGUGUUCAUGAUUCUGCGAGACCUUUAGUGUUACAAGAAGAUGUGAAAAAGGUCCUUAAAGAUGGAUUGUUGAAUGGAGCUUCUGUUCUUGGUGUCCCUGUGAAGGCUACAAUCAAAGAGGCAAACACUGAAUCAUUUGUGGUUAGAACACUGGACAGAAAAACACUAUGGGAGAUGCAGACCCCACAGAUUAUCAAACCCGAGUUGCUGAGGAAAGGCUUUGAGCUUGUAAAUAGAGAAGGCCUUGAAGUUACUGAUGAUGUGUCCAUUGUGGAGCACCUUAAACAUCCUGUUUACAUCACAGAAGGAUCUUAUACCAACAUCAAGGUGACUACGCCUGAUGAUUUAUUACUGGCAGAGAGAAUAUUGAAUAUAAAUUCUGGGGAAAGUUCUUAAUGAAGUUUUGCCAAUCUCACCAUUGAAGGGAAAUCAUUGUUAAACAAUUUUUAUACAAUUGAUUGUUGAUUUUUGUCCUGCAAAUUGGCGUCUUGCAGCUGAGGAAACUGUAUACAAGUUUUUGAGUUACUUUGUUUAACUUAUUGAGAUUUGUGUAAAAGCACAUGGCCAUUGCCUUAAAAAAGGGAAAUGUUUCCGCAUGGUAGAAGAAAUCUACUUUCAUUACCAGUGCCCCAUACAAUGGGAUGAUAUUUAAUCAAGUUUGGCAAACAUGAUAAAGGUCUCAAUUUUCUAAUGUUUAAAAGAAUCUUUAACGUGCACCUGAUAUAUUAGUCAUAUAUCGUCA